AUGUAUAAAAAUAUGCUAAGUGGAUAUCCAAUACAAAUUUUAUCCAGUUUUAUUGUAUCCCUUGGUAUUCUUUCGUUCGGUUUGGGACAUUUAUGGGUUGCACCAGCAGUACCAAAAUUAUUAAACAAUGAUGGAAACGGUGAUGAUACACCCGUACAAAUAUCAGAAGAUGAGGGCUCUUGGAUUGCAUCAAUGGAAUUAAUAACAUUGCCAAUCAGUUCAUUAUCAACAAUAUUUUUAGCAAAUCAUUUUGGCACCAAAAACGUUUUAGUUUUUGGUCCAGCACCAUUAGUUAUCUCAUGGAUAUUAAUAUAUUUUGCACAAAACGUAUGGUAUUUUUUUAUUGCUCGUAUAUUAGUUGGUCUAUCCGAAGCGUUAUUCUACAAUUGUGGACCUGUGUAUAUUGGUGAAAUAUCAGAUCCAAAAAUACGGGGUGUCAUGUUGUUUUUGAUACCGGUUUUCUUUAAUACCGGUGGAUUAUUAUCGUAUUAUUUUGCUUAUGUGUUAUCAAUAAGAACAUUUGCACUUUUAUCAAUUAUUCCUGGAGUAUUAUAUUUCGUCUUAUUUAUUGGAAUGCCACAUUCACCAUAUUAUUUCAUUAUCCAUAAAAAGUAUAAAGAUGCUGAAAGUACAUUGAGAUUUUUACGUGGAAAAGAUUAUAAGGAAGGAGAGUUGAAACUUUUACAAGAGGCAGUUGAAACAGAAAUGCAAAAUAAAGUGAAUAUUAAAACAGUAUUAUCUAAUCAAUCAUAUCGAGUAUCAUUUGGAAUUGUAUUAAUGACAAUGUCAUUUCAACAAUUAUGUGGAUCCACAGCCGUGGCCAGUUACUUACAUUAUAUAAUAAAUGAGUCAUAUGUAACUCAUAAUACAGAAACAGUGGCUUUAAUCGUUGGUAUUAUAACAGUAUGUGGCAGUUUAACAUCAACAUUUUGGAUUGAUCGUAAAGGUAGACGACCAUUAAUAUUGGUAUCGUUAACUGCAUCAGGUAUUUUAAUGUUAUUACUUGCUGUAUGGUUCACAUUGAAAGACCAUGGAUUUGACUUACGUUCAUACGAUUGGUUAUUGGGUACAAUAUUAUGUGUUUAUCAAUUCUUUGUGAAUUUUGGAAUCAUAAACAUGUCGUUUGUAUUGGCUGGUGAAUUAUUUUCAACAAAUACCAAAAAUUAUGGAACAAGUACUGCAUUAAUUGGUUAUGGUGUAUUUGGUUUUAUAACAAAUAAAAUAUUUUUAUUUAUAAAUAGUGCACUUGGAAUGAGUUAUAAUUUCUAUGGAUUUAGUUUUUUCUCCUUCUUAGGAGUUUUAUUAUUUUAUAUAUAUUUACCGGAAACACGACAAAAAACAUUAGUUGAAAUACAGGAAAUGCUUCAACAGAAAAAGAAGAAGUUACCAAAAAUGGAAAUGAAAGUUGUUAAUAAUGAAAGUGUUAAGUGAUAAGCGUUAAUUACAAGUGUUAAGUGUAAAUUAAUUUUUAUUGGUAGCCAGUUGUUACAUUCAUUAUUUUUAUUAUUAAUGAAUGAAUCCAAAACUGGAUAUUGUAAAACUGGAUUUAAGUGGAUUUUGUUUAAAAAAAAUUGAUUAUUUAAUAAAUAAA